AUGGCGGACGAGGAGAAGCUUCCUCCCGGCUGGGAGAAACGUAUGAGUCGCAGCUCAGGUACUUCUCAGGAGUCAGCCAGGGGCCCGGGCGGAGCUUGGCGGAAGUUGGGCUCGAGCUCAGAGGGACAAGCCGGGCGCAUCACCGCGCUGCCUCAGGCGCGGAGGUCUGGGCUCCUCCGCGGCGUAACGGGCCGGGAGAGCCAGAAACUGAAGCAAAGCCGGGUGUACUACUUCAACCAUAUCACUAAUGCCAGCCAGUGGGAGCGGCCCAGCGGCGGCGGCAGUGUGGGAGGCAGUGCCAAGAAUGGCCAGGGUGAGCCAGCCAGGGUGCGCUGCUCACAUCUGCUGGUGAAGCACAGCCAGUCUCGGAGACCCUCAUCCUGGCGACAGGAAAAGAUCACCAGGAGCAAAGAGGAGGCCCUGGAGCUGAUCAAUGGCUACAUCCAGAAGAUUAAAUCUGGAGAGGAAGACUUUGAAUCUCUGGCCUCACAGUUCAGUGAUUGCAGCUCUGCCAAAGCCAGGGGAGACCUGGGUGCCUUCAGCAGAGGUCAGAUGCAGAAACCGUUUGAAGAUGCAUCGUUUGCUCUACGGACAGGGGAGAUGAGUGGCCCAGUGUUCACGGAUUCAGGCAUCCAUAUCAUCCUGCGCACAGAAUGAGAGCAGGCACCUGGCCAGCCUGC